CAAAGUCUCAACCCACUCAGAAGUACUGGCUCCUCGAACAACUUCCUCACAGCUCCUGCGGGUACAACAUCCGAUCAGCAAGUAGCGAGUGCUAGCACUAGUGCAUUAGUAUCUACUUUGAGCACAAGAAAAGUCGGCACUGCCAACGAAUCAUCACCUUUGAGCAGAGGAUCCGCCUCUGGAAAACAGUCCAUCUCGUCCUGUAGGGCUAGUAGAAGUAGUUCUACUGCCCAAGCAGCUGCCGUAAUAUCACCUUCGAGCAAAAGUGAUCGAAAUACAAGUGCUGAUCAUGCGUCCUCUACGGCACAGAAGAAAAGUGGAGUAACGGAAUCUUUUGCGAGAAUCUCAGUUUCUGAACAAGGUUUUGUAGAAGCUUCUUGUAGUAAAACUAGCACCAGAUCUGCAAAGAAUUUUGGACCACCUCCAGCAGGAGAAGCAAGUGGACGAACAACAGGAGCAGCGACGCAAGACCACGCGACCAAAUUAUCAACGCGGCAGGAGCAGACGAAGUCAGCAUCCGCAGCUGCAGUACAAUUUGGUGGUACCGCUUAUUCCCAGAAGCAGAUUGACCACAUGCUCGGCCUCGUCCUUUUUCCGCUUGUAGACGAUGGGUCGGGCCUAAUUCGCUCGCCAGCCAAUGCGCUGCAUCACAUCACCUUCGCAGUAUGUGCCCAGUUUGCGCUCGCUUCCAAACCGCUUCUGCACAGCCUGCUUCAGCACGUUCCGUCGGCGUCGUUCACCUUCUUUUCCGGUUCCUGGAGCCGCGGCAUUUCCUACGACACCUAUGCUGCACUACGCGCCGAAUUUCCCAAGGAAAAGUGUUUCUUCGACGUCAAAAUCGCGGACAUGCAGCGACCUGUAGACAAUAUCCUGAAAAUGCUCGCGGAAGAAGAACAUCAAAAACACUCGCAAUCACAGACGAUGGCACAGAAAAAACAGGACCAGAAAGAACAAUCUGCGCGGCCCCUACCCCGCACAGUCAGUGCCAUCCCGACUUGAAGCAAGGGCUUAACUGCUCCACUAUGUGGUCGCGAGUAAAAGAGCUGACCUCGUGCUCAAACAAAACGCGAUGUGGCGCCGCCUAGGCCUUUACUUCCUACAAAUUUCUGCUUUUGCAAUUUCGUUUUCUUUGCCUUGGUCAUUGCGAUGAAGACCAGCAUCCGGCUUAGGGCACGGUUAGGUUCGGCGAUACAGCCUGAGUACACUUUUUUUAAAUGGAACUUCCCAUCUCUACACUCAACACGAGUCUCUGGAAAUGCAAGACUCAUUCCUUCAUACCUAAAUUUUCUAUUUAAAGCUUGAUCUUGUACAUCUUUCCCCAUCAUGCCCACAGUCGUGACAGCAUACCUGAGAUUUAGUUGCUUUUCAUCAAGAGUCUUGAUUCGGAAUCUUUGCUUCCUGGUACUCUUGUUGAUCUCGUACGUGAUUCUACAUCGAGAUGUUGAAACAUGUUCAAGCUAUUUCUGUAACUAUCGACUACAACAAGUAGAUCAGUUACACCACCCCUAGCCCAUCUCCCAAAUGUUACACUGCUGUAGUAAGUGUCUGUCUCUGUGUAUAUUGUUGUGAGCGUCUUGAUGGAUCACCCUACACUUGUGAUAUUAAUCCUUCCUAGAAGAAAUUUCCACCAGCACCACGACUUCCUAGCACGGGAACAGUCAUGUUCAAUUUUCACGGGAAAGACAAGCAGCUGAAAUUGAAAAGCCUGUCCAACAUGACAACACGAUCUUUGCAGAAGCUCAGCGCGGUUGUCGUUCAAAGAUUUCUGCUUGUACCGCCCACGACAAAUAAAUAUACUACAACUUCUUCCCUUGUUGAGAUGCGC